UCAGGAAGCUGAGCUGACCGCCAAAGCCCCUGGCCCAGCACCAGCCAACAGGCCGCCAAGCAAAACACACGGCGCGGGGGCCUGCGGUUACAGCGCGGCCCAGCAACACCCUCUUCAGACCAAGCCCGCUCCGCCUGGCCGCAGGCUCCGCCCCCUCUCCGGCCCCGCCCACGAGGCGGUGGAGGACGCACACCGCCUCCCGCCCGCCCCGCCUCCUGCCGCAGACCGGAAGUCCGGGCUUCCCACAGUGCCCCGCGCGCGCGGCGGGCAUGGUAACAAGUCCCUGAGUUCCCCACGCUGGUUUGGUGGCGGUGUGUCGACACCGUGUUCCCGUGACACGAGCUUUACGGCGCCGGGCCAGCAGUCAUCGGCCCGAGCGAUGGCGCUAUUCCGGGGAGUGUGGGGCGUGCUGAGAGCACUGGGGCGCACAGGGGUCGAGAUGUGCGCGGGCUGCGGGGGCCGCAUACCUUCGCCUAUCAGCCUUAUCUGUAUUCCGAAGUGUUUUGCCAGCUUGGGUAAUUAUCCAAAGAAACCUAUGACUUCAUACCUUCGAUUUUCUACAGAACAGCUACCCAAAUUUAAAGCUAAACACCCAGAUGCAAAACUUUCAGAACUGGCUAGAAAAAUUGCAGCCCUGUGGAGGGAGCUACCGGAAGCAGAGAAAAAGGCUUAUGAAGAGGAUUUUAAAGCUGAGUGGAAGGUAUAUAAAGAAGCUUUGGGCAAGUAUAAAGAACAACUAACUCCAAGUCAACUGAUGGGUUUUGAGAACGAAGCCCGGCAGAAACGUUUAAAAAAGAAAGCACAAAUAAAGAGAAGAGAAUUAAUUUUGCUUGGAAAACCAAAAAGGCCUCGGUCAGCAUAUAACAUUUAUGUAUCUGAAAGCUUCCAGGAAGCGAAGGAUGAGUCGGCUAAGGAAAAAUUGAAGAUUGUAAAUCAGGCUUGGAAAAAUCUGUCUUCCGAGGAAAAGCAGUCAUAUAUUCAGCUUGCUAAAGAUGAUAAGAUUCGUUACGACAAUGAAAUGAAGUCUUGGGAAGAGCAAAUGGCUGAAGUUGGACGAAGUGAUCUCAUCCGUCGCACUGUGAAACGAUCAGGAGACCUCUCUGAGAAUUAAGAUAGAAGAUGGAGUUGUCAUUGGAAUUAGGCACAAGAAACCAGCUAGGUCUCAAAGCCUUAAAUUGUCAAACUAGAAAGGAUAAAGUUGGUUAACCUUUGACAUUCAGUUCAUUUUUUGUAGCCUUGGACUUCUGCCCAUUGAAUGCAUUUCUAUUAACAUUUUGAGCCUUGACAGUAGAAGAUCAUGCUGAGUUCUGCCUUUUGCUUAAGAGCUGGAAUGGAGACUGUCCAUGCAUUUGCAUGCAGUGGUGAACCAUUCUGCAUUUGAUGGAGUAGAUAGACUAUGAAGUGACUUUCACACUGGUGACAGUUGGUGUGGCUUUGUGAAGUUUUUACACUGAUGACAGUUACAUAUGGGUGUGCCCCUUGUGCCCCAUGCCAGAGCUGCUCUCGCAGCUGUGGCAGAGCUAUGAAUAAUUGCUUUUCAAAGAACCUUCCAGAUGAAGUGAUUCCUAGACAUAAAUCAUGUGUAGAGUUGAUGUUUGUACAUAAUAAGUGAUUGUUAAUGUCCUGAUAGCAUUUUAUAUUAGGAACAGAGAGAUUUACAAAUCUUUUUCAAAUUAAGAAAUUAUGUACCAAGUCUAUGCAUAUGUUUUUAUUGCAUAGAAUAAAAACUCUAAUUUUCCAAA